GAACUCCGCUUUACGUCAGGGCGCACCACUUAAUCUGAAUAGUGGUUGUGCGUGAACUACGUCAAAUCUGCGCAGCAGCACUAGAUGCAGCACCAACACAGCUGCAUUGUCUUCCUCCUUUCUUUGUGCUCUCUCGGGUUUUACUACGUCCAGAAUAUGGCGACUCGCUCCCAGGAUGUGAGAGGUGUGAUGGAUGCUGCGAGGAGGAUCUGAUGCCGGAGGUCGGGUUUCACGGGAUUGGCUGGAAGCUGAUGCCAUUCAGUAGCUGCGCUCUGCCCGUCUGCGUGAUAUAAACAACAUGGACAUCGCGCAUUCCCCACACACUAAAUAUAGCUAUUAAGGCCACAGGAGGGGGAGGACUGGUGUUAUUCCGAGACAGUGGGCCGUCGUGGUGAACUCAAACCCAGGUGGUUUACCUUCCGGGGAUUUAUCUUUUAUUGGGCCCUCAGAAGGAAAGCUCGAUUCUGACCAAGCAUGCCCUCGGCGAACAACGUGAGAUCCAGGGCGCGGGAGAGGAACAGCGUCCUGAGCAGACCCGAGUUCAUGUCUCUCAAUCAUCAACCCCUCCGUGGCGGCUCCGGGCCCCCGGAGAACCGCUGCGGUCCUAAACGCGCGCCUCAAACCAAGCACCAAGCGAUCCAGAAGAGCGAAGAACCUACCGACGGCGGCAGCAAGGACAGAAGAGAGUCCACCAAGAUGCCAGAGGAAGACUGCAUGCAGCUCAACCCUUCCUUCAAAGGGAUAGCAAUGAAUUCCCUCCUCGCCAUUGACAUCUGCCUGUCCAAACGAAUGGGGGUGUGCGCUUCCACGUCGUCCUCCUGGGGAGGCUGCAGGUCCAUGGUGGCCCUGCUAGCGCUCACGGGGCACGGCAUCACGUGGAUCAUUGGCACUAUCGUAUGUCUGACACGGAGCAACACUCUGGCUGGUCAGGAGGUCCUGGUCAAUCUGCUGCUGGCCCUCAUCCUUGAUGUCAUGACGGUGGCUGGAGUCCAGAGACUGGUGAAGCGCAGAGGACCAUGGGAGAUGACGCCAGGCUUCUUGGAUUGCGUCGCCAUGGAUGUGUACUCUUUCCCUGCUGCUCAUGCCAGUCGGGCCGCCAUGGUCUCCAAAUUCCUGCUGUCUCACCUGGUCCUGGCCGUGCCGCUGCGCAUCCUGUUGGUGCUGUGGGCCUUCCUGGUGGGCAUUUCUCGAGUGCUCCUGGGUAAACACCACCUAACUGACAUGGUGUGUGGCUUUGCUCUGGGCAUGUUUCACUUUAGUCUGAUGGAGACGGUGUGGCUGUCCUCAAACACCUGUCAGACUAUUAUAUCCAUAAGUACACUCAGCUGGAGCCCUUUUUAUUGAGCUUUGCUCGGCUUAAAUGAUCUUGCAACUAAUAUUUCAACUGUGCAAUACUGCAGACUUUGAUCUUUGGUCUCAAGGAGCUAUUUAUGCAGCAGGGAGGUUUUUCUAAGCUGUGACCACUGAAAGCUGAUAUUUGGAUGCAGACGCUGACUUGCAUGCAAUAAGCAAAAAAAAAAAAAAAAAG